AAUAGUAUUUAAGGAUAUUUUUUCAGAAGAAUGACAGAGUUAUCAAAUAAAGGCAAUGUCAGCAUUUCAAACAAAGAACAGCAGUUCAAACAAAGAAAUGCAUUAUUAGAACAAAAGACAGCAAGUCUAAUAAGUGAGGCAGAAGCAGUUUUUAAAGUUCAUGAAGCCUUAUUUGCUGAUAUAUCCAUCAAUGAUGUUUCUAAAAACUCAGAGAAUGUAAAUAAAGAUGUAAAAGAAAAUAUUCCAACCAAUCAAACUUGCAUUAAAUCUGGUGCUACUAAAAAUCAGAAGUUAUCUUUGAACGCACAGAAGAAACCUGCAAAAAAGUUAAAUCAAAGAACUCUUUCAAAUAUUUCUGCAAUUGAAGAAAGAGCUUUGUUUGCUGAUCAUAUUAAUAAUAUUGAAAUUAGUAACGACUCUUAUACCCCAUCAGCUGAAGAUGUUAUUCCAAUUAUUUCUGAAAUUGGUUCAGAUGCCUCAAUGCGUUAUUUAAAAGCAAAACUUCGUGUGAUGCAGGAAGAAUAUCAGAAAUUAGAAAUUCAAUGUCAAGAAAAAGAAAAUAUUAUUUUUCAACUUAAUAAUGUUAUCAAAGAAAAAGAAGAAUCAGAAAAUCUGCAAAUUAAAAAAAACUCCAUUUUGCAAUCUGGAAUAGAGAAGUCUAAAAAGCUACAAGAAGAACUUAGUACCAAAAAUUGUGACUUGGAAAGUCAAUUAAUAAACUUCAAAAAGGAAAUUGAUAGUUUGGCUCGUGAAAAGAAAAAUGCAUUGUCAACAAUUAGUUCUCUAGAAGUAAGACUUUUUUCACUUUGGAGACAAUAUCAUUAAAUGAGAUGACAGGAGCAAUUGUAAUUUGUAAUUUAUUCGUCCUUUGGAAAUGAUGAUAGCAAUUAUUUGGUUGGCUGCAGAUUUUAAUUUAUAUGAAAAGUAAUAAUAUCUGAAACUUUUUUUUUCAUUUAAACGAAUAACUUCAGUAUAUACUUUGAUUUUAACAAUAAACAAAAACACUAUCUACCUAGAUAGUUUUUGUUGUUGGUGUAAAAGAAUUUUUAUUAUGUUGUUGAUACAAAUAUUUUUUUUUCCAACGGUAACAUUUUCAACAAUUUGCGAAUAAACAAAUAUAAUAAACAGCAACUCAAAAAACACGACCAGUUAUAUAAAUAUUCGAAGUCCUAACCUUCUUUGUAUUCUUUU